GACAAAAAGAAGUCGCUUCAUCCAUUUAUCUGGAAACAUUAAUGGAUGGAACUCCUUAAGUGAGCCACUUAAAUAAAUAAUCGCUGGAUUUUGUGGCUGAAGCGAAGAAGAAAGAAAAAGAACAAGGAAUCACGAAAAGAAGGAUCGUCAUGGGGGAUCCCGACACUGGCUCAGGUGCGAAUGGAACGAAGAGGGAACUUGUCCAGAGCAUCUUUCCACAGAAGAAGAUCUUAUUUCAUUCCUGGUUUCAGCUCCUGCUUCUAUUUUGUGUUUUGGCCUUAGGCUUCUGUUACACCCUGUCCAGCCGCUCGCUGUCACUAUGGCAGAGCUUCCCACUGCAGGAACAAUACCAGUGGUUUUUAAACCAGAACAGUAGGGUUAAUGCACCUGCUUAUCGCAUUCACCCCAAACACAAAGUUAUGUUAAACAAAACCACUGAAACUUCGACCCUCCAGUACCACCAAGCCUAUCCACGCAACUACCAUUUUCUUAUGGAUAACACAGAGGUUUGCAAGAACAAGAUCCCAUUCCUGGUCCUCAUGGUUCCAGUGGAACCAAAAAAUGUGGCAGCUCGGGACGCGAUCCGCCAGACAUGGGGCAAAGAAAACAUAGUUCAGGGUGAGGUGGUACUCACUUUAUUUAUGUUGGGUGUCUCUAGAGAAGAUGAUGUUGAGAAGCUCAAACAGGAAAAUUUGCAGCACCAUGACCUGAUCCAGAGUGACUUCAUAGACAGUUAUCUAAACUUGACAAUCAAAACCAUGGUGAUCAUGGACUGGCUAAGUACACACUGCCCUGCAGCAGCCUAUGCCAUGAAGAUUGACUCUGACAUGUUUCUGAAUGUUGACAAUCUAGUAAUCAUGCUAAAACAGCCGGGCAUCCCCAAGACAAACUACCUGACAGGGAUGCUUAUGUGGAACAGACCAGUCGUUCGUUCCAAGAACUCCAAGUGGUAUGUGCCUGAGGAAUUGUAUCCAGAGUCUGAAUACCCGACCUACACACUGGGUAUGGGAUAUGUCUUUUCUAAUGAUCUUCCAGAGAAAUAUGUGGAAAUGUCAAAGUCAGUCAAACCCUUUAACAUUGAGGAUGCUUAUAUUGGGAUGUGCAUGAAAAAGCUUGGACUUGCCCUCACAGCACCACCAAUACCCUCCCAGUUCAAGGCCUAUAACUAUGCAUAUAAUCGCUGUGAAUUUUCUAAGGUCAUUACAUACAUUCUUGGUUCUUCUAAACAGCUGCUGGAUUAUUGGACAGACCUGAAAAAGCCUGGACCACCUUGUCCUUAACACCUUAGCUUUAUGCUAGAGUUUUAAUGUAUUUAUAGAUUGUUAUAAACUACCGAAGUUAUUUAUUUUUUUAAAUGUGAUUUAGAGUUACUUGUUUGGAAAGGUGGAGGUGAACAAUUGCUUGAAGGUUUUAUAGGUUUACCAGGUCUCAUCAGGGUGCACUUUUACAUGUGUGAUUAUUAUGUGAGGUUACUUAAAUGCGUUUACAAAUAAUACAGCUGGGGUUAAACUUUAAAUUGACUGUUAAUGAAGGGUGUAAAUAUUUUAAAAGAUUAUAAGGUUUACUUUACAUAUUAAAGUACAUUUAAUUAAAUGGACUGUUCUUAUUCAUUUGAAUGUAAUGAAUAUGUUUUUCCAAAACCUCAACCUUUCAGUGUUCUCUUGAAUGUUGUGAGAAACGUCAUUCACAUACUAGAGUCUAUGAUAAUACCACAGUAGAGCACUGUCCUGUUUUGUUUUCUAUCACUGGCAAAUCUGGGAUCCUUAAAAGCCCUUAGAGGACAGUUUCUGACAUACAGAAAGAUACUAGUUACAGAAUACAUAUUUUCUCUAUAUUGCCUCAGAUUGUCUUAAUCUGCAAAGCAAUUUCAAUUCUUUUAGACUAUUUCUUUAUUUCAAUUGUAUUCAUCUCUCAUUGUAUACAUCUGUUAUGUUCCCGUUGUGUUCUUAUCUCUCCCACCAGAAAUAAGACACAGCAAAGACUCAAAACAGCCAAGGUUCACUGCACAUCUUAACCUCAAGACCCAAACUCUUCCAUGGCAUGCAUUUUAGGUAUUAUUGUUGUGUUUUUCAUGUGAUGACUGCUAAGCAGGAGUAUUCAUGAU